GGAACGUAAUGAGGAAGAAUUCAAGUCAAUCCAAAGUCAGUCCUCCAAGUCCCAUAAGCCCUACUACGAACGUUGCAAGUGUUGUUACUGCACCAACAAACUCUGAUAACUCUGAUAGUACUGCAACUUCCAACAAUGUACCUCUCGGUUCCGCAGUUGAAACGCCUUCUACUGAAAACAAUGUUACACCAGAACCCUCAUUAGUACCACAAGCCCCAGAAAACUCCACUUUAUUCACAUCGCCCCUUUCUAUCUCUCCAACUACUCCUCCCAAGAUUACCACUGAACCACAAGCAAUACAAUCACCACAAACACCACAAACCCCACAAACGCCACAAAAGUCCUUUAACCCAGUUGGACUUGUUCUCAAAAGAAUGUUGAGUUCAAAAAAAACUUCACAACCACAAUCUCCUGUGGCGAAACCUCCAACCACGAUCUCAGCGGAAGAAAAUGCAACCCCUGAUAAUAAACCAAAUGAAGUAUCAAUUAAUACGACACCAAUUCAAGAAGAAAACGAUAAAAAAAUUGAAGAAGCAGUUAUUAUUGAAAAAGAAGAAAUUCCAGAGCCAGCAGAACGUGAUAUUAAAUCAAACGAUGAAAUUGAGGAAGAAGUUACAAAUUCGGAUAAAAAACUCAAAACUGUCGUUAAAGGAGGCAAUUUACGAGAAUUUUUCACACGUUGUAUUGAAAAACUUCAACAAGAAUUUGAUGAACUUGACCGACGAAUGUAUUCAGGAGUUCCUCCACCUGAAGUAACUGCACGUGACAUUCCGAAAAACGAACUUCAGAAUGUUGACCCUCAAAAAAAUGAACUUCAGAGAAAUGAACUUCAUAAACUUGAACGAGAACAAUUAUUAGAAAGAGCAGAUACAGAAUCAGAUGCACAACCUAAUGUAAAAGUCAAUGGUGAUGCACGAAGUGCUUUGGCCGAUGCUGGUGAGGCACUUAAUGAACGUGGAGAAAAACUCGGUGAAUUAAAUGAAAGAAUUGGUGCUUUAGGAGGUGCAAGCGCCGAAUUUGCUAGAUUGGCAGCCGAUAUUAGAAAAAAGGAAGCAAACAAAAAAUGGUACCAACAAAUUUUUUAA